AUGAAUAGAAGUGUGCUCCACAUAUUGAUCGGCCUUGGCCUUGUGUUAAUACCAAGCGUCGCAUCCACUUUUGAUCCGGAACUCAUAUGCAGUUUGGUCAUCGAUGGCACUAAGAUUAACGAUCCGCGCGCUUGCAAUGCCUGGAUACAAUGCAUCAAUGGCCAGCCCGUAAGCGGCACCUGCGACAAGGAUCUCUUUUACGACAGAGAAAGUGAGGAUUGCGUGCCGUCUGCUGAUGUCAAGUGCAUCUCUAGCGAUCCAUGCGCUGCACUGCCAAAUGGCUUUGCCGCCGAUCCGUACUCUUGUAAUGGAUACUACUAUUGUGCAGAUGGUGUGGGUAAACGCGGCACCUGCAAUGCCGGACUGAACUUUAAUCCGGGCACCGAGUCCUGCAUACGUGAUUUUCCAUGCAACCCCAAAAUGGAUCCCGACAGCUACUGCAACAUUCUGCCGGAUGGUGUGUUCAUCAAAGACGAUCUCAGUUGCAACGGCUGGGAGAUGUGCUGGAAAGGCGAAGUGGUUACUGGCACCUGCCCAGGUACUUUCUACUUCAGUGCCCAAAAGGGCGACUGUGACUACCCGCAGAACGUGGAGUGCGCCAUUACAGAGCCGCCUCUGUUGACAGCAGAGCCGGGUGUUUGCCCCCAGGCCGGCAGCUUCAUCUCCGACGACAGCAGCUGUAAUGGCUAUUAUUAUUGCAGCGAGAGUACCGAUGGUCAAAUGGUGCUACAGCAUGGCGACUGCGACGAUGGUCGCUUCUUCACGGCCCGGUCUGGUGGCGCCUGCGUGCCCCGAUCGGAUAUCAAGUGCGAGUACAACCGAUGCGUUGGCCUUGGCUAUACGAACAUAGCGUUGGCUAACGAAUCAAAUGAUGGAUGCACGGGCUAUGCCAUUUGUCAAGACGGCGUCAAAAUUGGCGAGGGCACCUGCCCCAGCGGCGAUUACUUCGAUGAACAAACUCAGCGCUGCACAAACCAGAUCAUAUCUUAUGCAGCCUGCGCCACACCUACCCAAUCAACACAACACAUGAUGGAUGACGAUACAACAACAGCCACAUAAGAGGCACGGGAGGAAUGGUGUGUCCCUAUACCAUAUCAUAAAGCAACACCCAACAUUCUGACAAUCAAUUUCAUAAAAAUACACUCAUUUAUUUACUUACUCACCAUGGACUUUGAUUAGUUUAUUUCUUGUUCACAAAUCGUGUGU